AUAGUGUUCCUCCAAAUUUGAUUACAAAGCUGUCAACCGGGUAUUGUCCACGAACUCCGAAAGUAAAAGUCACAAUAUAUUUGAAAAUUAUUUAUAAAGUAACUGAACCCAUUGAAGUUGUAAUCAAUUGAAUUAUCUCUUAAGUAUUGAGAAUCAAUACGAAUCAAACUAAAUCAAGAAAAUCCUAACUAAAAUGUCUACUAACAAAAUUGCUGUUUCUACUGCGGAAAUUGGAAGUUUUACUACUGUAUCCAAUGGUCCAUUCCCAGUCUAUAAUGAUGACCAAAUCUUAAUUAAGGGUAUUGCAUAUGCUGCUAAUCCAACCGAUUGGAAACAUAUUGCAAACAAAUGGGGUGCACCUGGUUCAAUUGCUGGUUCUGAUGCUUCUGGUAUUGUCUAUGAAGUUGGUAAAGAUGUCAAAGGAUUUGAAGUUGGAGAUUUUGUUUCAACAACUUUACAUGGUAAUUACAGAAAAGAUAGAGGGGGAUUUGCUGAAUAUGUUAUUGCUGAUCCAGCUACCACUGUCAAAUACGAUAAAUCUAAGUUUUUAACUGAGCCUUUACCUGUUGGAAAAACUCCAUCUAGUUUAAUUAAUACUUUUGAAGGUGCUGCUGCUAUUACUUUAAGUUUAGCUACUGUUGGAUUAUCAUACAGUCAUUCUUUAAAGAUCACUCCUGACCUUAAGGGUAACUCUGAAAAAUAUAUCUUAAUUUGGGGAGGAGCCACAGCAACUGCAAUUCUUGGUAUUCAAGUUGCUAAAUUAAUUUAUGGAUUGAAAGUUAUCACUACUGCUUCUAAGAAGCAUCAUGAAUUUUUGAAAUCAUUAGGAGCUGAUAUCACUUUAGAUUAUCGUGACUCUGAUGUUCUUGAACAAAUUAAGAAAGCUGCUGGUGGAAAGAUUUAUUAUGCUUUUGACACUGUUUCUUCCAAGACCACUUACCAACAAGUCUAUGAUGCUACCGAAGGAUCACCAGUCAAGAGUUUUGACAAUUUAUUGUUCUUAGGUAAGGACGACCUUAAGCUUAGAUAUGAUGACAGUGCCAAUGCCAGAUUUGGUGCUACCUUGGUUUAUUUAGCUAAUGGUGAAAGCCAAAGAUUAGAAACCGUUAUUGAAGCUACUCCAGAAUUGUUAGCUGAUUAUAAUAAAUUUUGGUUUGAAUUAUUACCACCACAUGUUGGCCAAUUAAAGAACCCAGAACUUAUAGUUUUAAAGCCAGGAUUUGAGUCUGCUAACGAAGCACUCGCUUUAUUAAAAGAAGAUAAAGUUAGUGGAGGGAAAGUUGUUUUUAGAGGAUAAAAGGUUUACUCCUUACUGUGUGAUAAAACUUAACAAGACCAAAAACCCCCUUUUUUUCCCAAUUUAUU